AUGGUAUCAUGGCAUAGCAAAAUAUUUUUUGCUGCUAAUCGAGUAAUACUACGGCGUUUGCUAAUCAUUGGUGGUGGUAGUGUAGUGGCUACGACAGCAUUUUCAUUACUAAAAAUUGAUUUAAAUGGUUCAGCUCGUUUUCGUACAGUCUUGGCUGAUAAUGGAGAUAUCCACAUCCAACUUAACAAACGACUUUCCGGACAAUUGCCUACGCGAAAAGAUUUAAUUAAUUCACUCAAAAAUAACAAAUUUGAUGUCCUAGUAAUUGGAGGUGGUGCUACGGGUGCUGGCGUUGCUUUGGAUGCACAAACGCGAGGUCUUAAAACAGCCCUAGUUGAAUUGGAUGAUUUCUCCAGUGGUACAAGUUCACGAAGUACAAAAUUGAUACAUGGUGGUGUGCGUUAUCUCCAAGCAGCAAUAUUUGGUUUGGAUAUUGAGCAAUAUCGAAUGGUUAAGGAAGCUUUGUUCGAGCGUGCCAAUCUCAUUCAUUGUGCGCCUCAUCUGUCAUAUCCAUUACCGAUUAUGUUACCUAUUUAUAAAAUAUGGCAAGUACCAUACUAUUGGUUCGGUAUAAAGGCAUAUGAUGUUGUUUCCGGUGGACGAGUGCUAAAAAAGUCUUAUUACAUAAGUAAGACACAAGCACUGGAACUUUUUCCGAUGUUGAAAAAAGAGUCAUUAGUUGGUGCUUUAAUGUAUUAUGACGGUCAACAUAAUGAUUCUCGGAUGAAUAUUGCAAUAAUUUUAUCUGCAAUACGUCACGGCGCAAAAGCCGUAAAUCAUGUUAAAGUUAGCAAAUUGCUGAAAAAUGCAGAGGGUAUGGUAUGCGGUGCUCAUGUUGUUGAUACUAUAACUGGUGAGGAGUGGGACAUAGAGGCUAAAGCUGUAGUAAAUGCUACGGGUCCUUUCACUGAUUCAAUUCGUUUAAUGGCUGAUCCGGACACUGCACCAAUUUGUCAACCAUCAGCUGGUGUUCAUAUUGUGCUUCCCGGAUAUUACAGUCCAUCAUCAACGGGUUUGCUUGAUCCUUCGACGAGUGAUGGCCGCGUGAUAUUCUUUCUUCCGUGGCAGCGUAUGACCGUAGCAGGAACAACAGAUGCACCAGUACCGCUUACUUUUCAUCCGUCCCCAAGUGACGUUGAUAUUGAAUUCAUUCUUCGGGAAAUAAGGAAUUAUCUUUCAAAUGACGUUAGCGUUCGCAGAGGUGAUGUAAUGAGUGCGUGGUCAGGUUUGAGACCGUUGGUAAGAGAUCCUAAUAAAAAAGAUACGAAAUCUUUGGCACGCAACCACAUUAUUGAAGUUUCAAAAAGUGGACUGGUGACAAUUGCAGGCGGAAAAUGGACAACAUACAGACAUAUGGCUGAAGAAACAAUGGACAAAGUGGUUGAAGUUGCAAAUUUACAACCAUUGCGAAAAUGUGUCACAGCUGGAUUACUACUUGAAGGAGCACAUAACUGGGAUCCACUACUACAUAUCCGUUUAGUGCAGGAUUAUGGUCUGGACGAGGACGUUGCACGACAUUUGGCUUCAACUUAUGGUGAUAAGGCAUUCGCAGUUGCCAGGAUGUCGAAGAUAACAGGAAAACGGUGGCCAAUCAUUGGACAUCGAUUGCAUUCAGAGUUCCCUUAUAUUGAAGCUGAGGUAAAAUAUGCGGUGAAAGAAUAUGCUUGUACUGCUGUUGAUGUAAUUGCGCGUCGUUUACGUCUGGCAUUUCUGAAUACAUAUGCAGCUUAUGAAGUGCUUGAUAAGGUUGUAGAUAUUAUGGGUAAAGAAUUGAAUUGGUCAACAACAGAGAAGAAGAAACAGUUGAAUAUGGCUCGGGAAUUUAUUGAGGUAGAAAUGGGUCAGAAUGCUCGCGACCAUUCACUUUCUUCGGUGCCAAUCAGUUUAACAACAGAAGAAAUGCAAGCAGCUCGAGAACGCUUCAAAACAUUAGAUAAGGAAAACAAAGGACACAUAACGCUGAAUGAUCUUAGACGUCACUUCCAGAAACAUGACAGUAAAAUAGAUGAAAGUCUGCUUCAUGAGUUACUCAAUGAAGUUGAUCUGAAUAAAAAUGGAGAAAUUGAUCUCAACGAAUUUUUUCAAUUAUAUAGUGGACUGAAAGGUGGACAAAUAGCACAGAAUCGACUGGCACGAUAUUUGGAUGAAUUCGAUCCAAUGCCAGUGUCAGUCUUACGCUCAGGGGGCGGAAUUUAA